AGCACAUGGGCAGGGUGUGGAGGUUGUGCAGGAAAUAAGUCACGAAACACAACCUACAGCCAAAAUAGGAAGAGAUCAGCGAGCCUGAGGCUGUGCAAGGUUUCUCUCUUCCUCCUUUACACCUACUCACACAUUACUGGAACGUCGCAACAUUAAGUGUUGAUGAUGCAAGACGCUCUGCUGCGAGUGGUGGUCGUGGCUCUGGGUCUCCUUCUGUGUCCGAGGGAUGACCCGGGGGUGCAGGAGGAAUGGGAUGACAUCGUCACAGUGGGUCUGGAAAAGCAUGAAGAGACGCUGUUAAGGGGAGAAGAGAAACUGGGGGAGGAAAUGGCACCUGUCAGAGAGAUAGUGAAACAGACUGACGACAAAGGGCCUCCGAAUAAGAUGAAAAGUGUUUUAAAGGAACCAUAUCAGUCUGAUCCUCAUGUUUCUGACGAACAUACAUCAGGCGUAAAAGAUGUGACCGUCUCCAAGCCCGACUCAGAGGAGGAUAAUGCUGGAAAACAUUUUACAUCACAGUCUGACACAAGUCAGCCAAUUCAUUUCAGAAGUGAAUCGCAGAUUUCUGAACGUGAGCAACAGGGAAACCUACUGCUGGAGGUGAGGAGUAAACGGGAGGAAGACAUCCUGACUGGUGGCUUUUUCAGCGACCCAGUCGGACCACAAGGUCAACAACACAUGCCUGACGAGUCUCCUUCAGAGGUCCACACCCAGAUGUCCGAAAAUGAAACCUCAGAGAAGACGAUGCCUGACUGGCAGGAGGAUUACCUCUGGUACAUAUGGAAUACCUUCUCCAUUAUUUCCAUCAUCCGCUUCUUCAGGAAAUACCUGAGAAAAAACUCAAUGACACAAAAUGAAUCCAAUACCCUCUCUGGGACUUGCAUCACUGGUGAAGUGCCACUGCCCGACAGCAACACGCUGCAGAACUUCCACUCUAAAUAUGUUAAAGCCUCAUCCAAUAAGAAGUGGAGGGAGGGAGAGUUUUUAGAGGGGUUUGCAAAUGAUAUGGUGGAGGCCAUGAGGGUGGUCUGUAAGGGGGAUGGAGGCAUGUUGAUUGAGGACUGUCAGUUGUUGGAUUCAUGUGAUAUAAUAGUUCCCUUCACUCCACCUGAGCCGCAUGGUUUUCAGUGCCUGCUCUCGAAUCACCAGGGGAGUGAACUGCUGCCAGAGAUGCAAGUCUGUGGUCAAAUAAAACUGGUAGAGGAUAAGAAAAUCCAAAAUGCCUGCCCCUGCCACUCUUCUGGUGUCGAUGACAUGGUUUGCCUGCUGCAUUGCGACAAUGAGAAAGUAAAGACAAAAACAACUGAUGUUUGUGAGCACCCUCUCUGCUUGAAGAACACCCCCUUCCUGUCAAAAUCUCUGGUUACUAGAUGGUUUCAGAGCACGAUCAAACAAGCAUGGGCUCAGGUUUCACAUAAGUAUGAUUUUGAGCUCAGUAUUUGCUACAUUGAUGCUCCAGGUGCUCUGGUUGUUAGAUUCAGAUCAGGGAAGAAGCUCUGCUUCAGUAUGAAUCCUGUCGUUAAAUUCAACUCCGAUGCUCAUUUUUACAUUACACCCUUCUCCCCGAGCAAGUUGGACACUUACUGGACGCUCUCCCUGACCAUCUAUGAAGACCUUCUCAUGCAAUGCCUCUCCAAACACCUGCCUGAAAACCCAUGCCACAUGCAAACUCUUGAAAUUGCAUGGUUUCUUCACCAGAGACAGACUGCAAUGUCUGCAGGUUGUCUGCUCAAGUUCUCCCAUUUCAAAACGGUUCUAUUUCAUAUGCUUCUGACCAAAGACCCAUCACAAUGGAAACCUAGUCUUGUGGCUUGCAGGCUACGAGACCUGUUUGACUUCAUGGAGAGAAGCCUGGAGAAAAAGCUUCUGCACAAUGUCUUCAUCGGAAACCCCGCAACUCAGAAGAUCAUGCUGCUUCCUGCAGAGUUUACCCAAGCAAAGCCAGUGAAUCUCUUCUAUCCCCUUGUGGUACAAAACUGCAUCUACAGAAAUACUGUGAUGCAUUUCCAGGAAAUGCUUAGAAACACACAGAUGUUGAUUAAUGAUCAUGUUGGUGUGUUGACAGGGCAGUUUGAGAGAAACUCUGUUCUAAAGACUUAAGUGUACAGUUGAAAUUAGGGUUAGUUUCUUCACCCGCAGAACAAUGAAUGUGCACAUCAAGCAAGAGAAAUGUCAAGUACAAGAGAAAGAAAUUUAUUUUUUAAAAUGUUAACAUAUCCACACACAUUUUAAUCAUCCUCCCAGUAGUUGAUGAAGUCUGCGUGCACUGCCAUGUCAGAGUCCUCCAAAUUGAAUUGGUCAGUAUCAAGCGAUCUCAUCCGAGGUUCAACGUUCACAUGGCCAUCCUUGUCACUCAAGUUGACCUUCCAAGAGGCGCUUGAGAUAGUCUUCUUGGAAGCUGUGGAAAUAGAAUUUGCAAUCAAUUCUUUGUUAGUGGAAGAUCAGCUUUGUAGUCAAUUGUGGUAAGGCAACAAAAAGCUUGCAUUUACCACUCGAGAUAAGCCCUGUGGCAAAUUAGGAUGAUGUGUAAAGCGUCUGCCAUUCAUACAAGGGUUUUAAAACAACUUCCUGUGAUGUAUAACAAAGAUGUGGAAACUUACCGGUGGCCUGUGCUGAGGGGCAAGUCGUCUCACAGCAGGUGCACACAGAGUCAUGACCAUAAAGCUCCUUCCACCUAAACAAUUCAGAUUUUUAGUAAGUCUUCAAACAUCACCUGGGAAGAUACACAACCACAGAUGGAAACACUCAAAAUACCAUCAAGUUGUUAAGACAGUCAAGCUCACAUGAAACGGUCUAAACCAUCUGCGCCUGUGGGUGCCCAACAACUUACUUCUUGGUUGCUGAAUCAUAAUUGCAAGCCUUAGAACUUGGAGACGGCGGCGAUACCCCCAAAGUGACCUCACAGUGCAUGUAGAGUUGCUGAAAGACAUUAGAUGAGUUUUAAAAGAUGGACAAUUUGAGAGUGCACAGCUCGACUUCACCGACAUACCUGCGACACGGAGGAAGUGGAAACCAUGUCCUUGAAAAUGAAGGCUGACACUUGGAAUCUCUGGGACAUCUUUGAGGAGCCGCUGAGGAACUUUGACUGCGAUAUCAGCUUGCUGUCAAUCAUACAGCUGCAAUUGAGAGAGAGAAUAUCCAUAUUAACCUUGAACAAAGUGAAAGUUUCUUUAGUGUUGUUUUUGAAACCAUUUUAAGUCUAACCCUCGGUUUGCGAUGACUGUAUAUUUGGGUUGAGAGUUGGGGGAUUGGUCUGCAGUCAUGAAGCACUCGUUGAUGUACAUCCGCUGAUCACCAGAUUUUGUAGUAGCCUCGGCCGUCUUUGCUUCAAAGAACAUUAGCUGACCCAAGAUGUAAGUUUUGCUGCCAGAGAGUGCAUUUCCUAAGGCUGAAACAAAGUCCCCGUUAUAAGGACACUUACAAAUUUUUAAAAAAGGCAUUCGGUAAAUGGCAAGGGGUAAUUUAGCAAAAAAAAAAAAAACAAGAGUUAAAAUACUUUACUAAAAGCCUAGUAUAUUGUUGAAUGCUUUUAUGUUGUCAGCUUUAAAUGCUUAACAGAUCCCCUCUGUAUUGGCUUGAAAGAGGAAAUAAAAUGCAUGAACCAAAA